UUACUGAUUUCACCCUCCGUACAUUCCUGGGAGAGAAAUUUUAACGGUUAAAAUUCAUAACCAAUCAAACGGGCAUCCUUCUAUAAAUAGAACACCUCACUCAACCACCAUUUCCAAAUCCUCUAUUUUUCCCUUCCGUUUUCCCUCACUUUCUACUCAACCAAACACCACCACACCCAUUUCAUCAUUGCAAGAGAGAAAGAAAGAUAAUGGGUAUCGACAACGAUAGUUGUGUGAACCUCAUUUUCACGUACGGUACCUUGAAACGGGGCUUUUCCAAUCACGUGCUUCUUCAAGAUUUGAUGCGAACCGGGGACGCCGUUUUCAAAGGCACCUACCAAACCGUAGAGAAAUACCCUCUCGUUUGCGGGCCCUACCGCGUGCCUUUCCUCCUCAACAUGCCCGGUUCGGGGCACAGAGUCACGGGCGAGUUGUACGCCGUGUCGGCUCGGGGACUCGCCCGCGUCGACGAGUUGGAAGGCACGAGUCGGGGGCAUUACGAGCGGCUGCCCAUUCAGCUGAUGCCAGCCUCCGAUGGGAACGAAAGCGGGAACAAAGAGAACAAGGAAGAGUUGUUAACGUGCUCCGGGGACCUAACGUGCGCGGCGGAGGCGUAUUACGCACACAAGAGCUACGAGAAGGAGAUGUGGGAGAGGAAUGGAAGGAAAGGGUUUUGGAUAUAUUCGGAGAAAGAAGCCAAAGGUUAUGUGAAAAGAAAAGAUAGGCCUCAAAAUCUCAGUUUCUUGGAUCAUAUAAGGAUUUUUAUUUCUUCUCCUUCUGAUUAAUUCAUAAAAUAAAUUGAAAUAAAAUUUGGAUGUUGUAAUGUUUGUAUUUUGUUACGAUAUUUUCAACGGUUUGGGUUUUUUCUUGGUGAUAGUGUAAUUUUGGAAUAGUGAAGAAAUUCCAGAUGAGAAAAAGAUUGAAUUUUCUCCAAAUUGUUGGCAUUUAUUUUUUAUUAUAAAUUUUGCAUGGGUAGGUUUUUCAUGGUGAACAUUUCAGUUUAAAAACUUCAAAGAAAAAUUCAUUUCACUACCAAGUUCUAAUGUUUAGGUCCAAAAUUUUAGCCUCCAAAUGCAGUUUGACUGAAUUAAAUUAAAAUAGGUCCAUCAUAUAUAUCCGUAUAUUCUGCAAGAUAUGGAAAAUUUUCAGCAU